CACAUACAAAAGAUAAGCUAUCCUACACACUACACACCACAAACUCUAACCUAAUAAUGAAGAUGCUUAUUCUCUGUUUCACCACUCUCACCGUUCUCUCAACCUUAGCUUCAGCGACCGUACCAAGCAAAGCAGUCCUAGACACAACAGGACAUUCAGUUCAGUCCAAUGCCCAAUACUACAUAAUACCGGCUAAGAUCGGAACCGGAGGUGGUCUUAUCCCUUUAAGCCGAAAUGCAAACACACAAGACACGUGUCUGAAUCUCGACGUUGUCCAGUCACCGUCUCCUUUUGUCUCGGGUCUUCCAGUAACUUUCUCUCCACUCAUCAACACCAAAGCCAAGCAUGUCCAGCUCCAAACUAGUCUCAGCCUCGAGUUUGAUUCCACGGUUUGGUUAUGCCCUGAAUCAAAAGUGUGGAGAAUCGACCAUUCUGUGGAACUUAGGAAGAGCUUUGUAAGCAUUGGUGGUGAGAAAGGUAAAGGGAAUAGUUUGUUUCAGAUUCAAGAAGAUGGAGAUGCUUAUAAGCUUAUGUAUUGUCCGGUUAUCUCAUCUGUUGCGUGUAUCAACGUGGGUCUAGAGACUGAUGAACUUGGAGUUCGACGUUUGGUUCUUAGUAAUGAUCAAUCUUUUGCUGUUAAGUUUCAAAGGUCUUAUGAUGAUCCAAACUCCAACUGUCAUCUCAACACUCGUUCGUGGUCGUGGAGGUUCCCUUUGUUCUAAAAUGUGAAAUCUUGUUAUGUUGUAUUGGGUUUGAGAAUGUUUGUGAUGUAACCAAUUAGGGUUUGUAUGAAAAAAAAAAUAUAUGGUUGUUGUGUGUAUGUUAACAAUGAUUGUGGCAAUACCAAGGGUUUAGAUGAAAUAAAACAUAUGGUUAUAUUUGUAAGUAAGAAGGGGUUGUGACAAUACCAAGGGUUUUUAUGGAAUAAAACAUAUGGUUAUUGUAU